AUGGGCGCCAGAGCCCGUGGACGCGUUGCUGCGUCGAGUCCUGUGGUGCUGCUGCCGGUGCCAGUGACCCCAGUGAGGAUUACCUUCAGAGACGGUGGGGGUAUGUGGGACCAAGAAUUGAGCAGUAGCAGCAGCAUCACUGAGAGUUCCAGCAGUCAUGCCGUGGAGAUCCAAGCUGUCUUUGGGCCUGACUCCACAAAUUGGCAUGGCAACAGUGAUUUAGAUGAGUCAAGUGUUGUGCAACUUGCAGGAGAGCAUCUUGACAAAACUCAGGGCGCACUGGACUUAGGGGCAAGCCAAGUUCCUCGAGGACCGACGCUGGCUCAGGAAAAUUUUGAACAGUUCCUGUCCCAUGCGUUUUUGAGCACAAGAGGGUCUCUGAAGGUCCGCAUGCCAUGGGAAAAGGGUGUGUUCAAAAGCAUUUUCAAGAAACCUGACAGUGGCAGACUGGAGUGGGCUGGACAGCCAAGACAGUGGGUUGAGCAUUGCAUGGAAGCUGUAGUGGAACCACCUGAAGAGCUGUCAGUGGCUAUGUGCAGUCGGCCUCAGUUGGUUGGAGCUUAUUUCGAGCAUGCCCUCGCCUCAAGUUCUGACCAGUCUUUCUUUCAGCAACGACAGAGCCUUUUGGAGUCAGCUGUGGAGAAGUGGUUUUGCAUAAUCAGGGUCAACAUGCUGGCAUCGUCAGUGGGCCGUGACAUAAUUGGCCUGGGAAACAUGGACAUUCAGAAAAAAGGAGCCUUUCAAGUUAUAGAAGCUGUCAUUGGCAUCAGGUCCAGGACAACUGCCAUAACCCGUGCAAAUGCCCUUUUGAAAUUCAUCAGAUGGAGGGCUGAGACAUCGGAGAACGAUGGCAGGGAGUUUUCCGAGAUGGAGGCGUGGCAGUAUUUGACAGAGCUGCGUGAGAGGCGGCUUUCGAAAGUUUUGGCCUUGAGUUUGAAGGCCGUGUUGGAGGGCCCUUCUUUCGACCGCCGGGGUCGGAUGGGAACACCCACUGCCGGCGUUGUCAAGGUCGAGGAUGAGGUGACUGACCAGGAGACUUCAUUGCUGAGGCCUGAGGAGGCUGUUGUCAUUGAUGACGAGCCCUUUGAAGCAUCGUCUGAUGGUUCAGAAUCGGUGGAGGACUCAGACUCGUCAGAGGAGGUUCCAAAGCCUCGAGUCAAGUGUUUUAGACACCAUGCAGUUGGACCGUUAGCAGGCCUGUUUGUGAUGUACAAUGUGUCAAAGUUGGUCCAUUACUCUGACCCUGCAGUAUUGGACGGAAAAGGUUGCGUGGCACUUGAUGUGAUGAGUGAUGCUUGUGGAGCGUGGCUCAUGAGCGCGGUGGUUCAGAUGGACAUGUUGAUUCAAUUUGCCGCCAUGGCAAGCUUGCUGGACUCUGAGGCACAAUUUAUCCAGCGUACAAUCGACUUGAAAUUGUCGGAGGAGUUGAAACGCAGCCUUAAAAGGACUCAUGAAGUGUUGAAUCAGAAGUCCCCGACAAAGCAGUUGGACAUCUCAGCAGAGAACCUUGUUGUGAAGGAAAAGCAGGAUACUCCUGAUAUGACGGUUACUUCAGCACUUCAACUACAAGAGGCCUUUCAGCGACGAGGCAUAGCGUUGGUGUUCGCGGAUUUGAUCACUCAUGAGAGCUACACCAGAUACCUCACCACUUUGUUUGGACAUUUGCAUAGGGACCCACCAUUGUGCUAUGCAAGGACGUCAGUGAGUCAGCUUGUGUCGGCCGACAAGACGGUGUGGCAGAUGUUGUUGGAGGAGGGUGUUCAACCCAAAAGGGAUGAAUCAGGUGAGUUGGCGUUGGACGUGAAGCUCAUGGAGAGUCUCCAGAGUUAUAGAGUUUCCUUUUCUUUGCUGCCAUUGAUAGCCAAGAAGGACACUGGACCUGGACCGUCAAAGGUAUCGAAGCCGGCAGUGACUCAUGGUGGCAAGGGAUCCAACUCGCAUGUGCAGAAACCUUGGCUGAAAUCCAAGGGUGGAAAGAAAGGAGGCAAGGGCAAGGUCAGGGUUCCUAACCACAUCUUCAAGUUGGGCGGCACUUCAUCCAAUCCAGCAGGCGACCCAAUCUGCUUUGGCUACAACAGCAGUUCAGGCUGCCCAGAUGCAGCCGACGGAGCUAAGUGUCGGCGAACAUCAAGUUGCGUGAUUCACAUGGCAGGGCGUUGCUUGGGCCGAGACCUCUCCGUUCAGCAGCUUGGCCCGAAGGGCUACCAGGAACAGUUAGGAGAUGACCAUGAAGUGUCCCUGAAAUCCAUGCGAGCAGUUGCAACAGCCCAGCCAAAAGCAGCAAAGUUUCCGUCUGUUGUGCGGGAGCACAAAACCAUUGUCCGCAUCACAGGGCCUUUUGAGGCACUAGCAAAGGCACCAGUGGCACCCAUGCAACGUCUCAAGACUAGCUGGCCAGUACCUGAAGCUUGUCAGACUGAUGUGCCGAUUUUGCCUAAGGGAGCUCAGUUGUUGCGUGUGACACCCCUGCGGUCAAGUGGGGGUAUGCUGGAUACUGGAAAUAGGACAGGUUUGUUUGAGCAAGCUUGGGGCAUCCCGUUUGAGCCAGAGGAGUUCAUAUGGGAGGCAGCGCAAAGAGGUCACCCCAGGUUGUUUUCGCGAUUGGUGCCUAGCGUUUUGCAAGAGGCUAUCAGCAACAAUUUUUGUGAAGACAGUCUGCAUAGACUUCCUAGAGAUAGAAGCCUCUGGUUUGCAAAAUGGACUGAGCGUGCAAAGCAAUUGAAACAGGAGGACACGGAAAUCAAGAAGGCAUUACCAGAGCAUGCUGCAAAAAUUUUGGAGCCAAAAAGGUUGGCACUCUUCAAGGAAAUUUUGUUGGAUUUGAACUACCCGGAUGUUGGAGCAUUUGAUGAGCUGGUUCAAGGAACAGAGCUGGUUGGUGAGGUACAGCCUUACGGAAUUUUUGAGAAAGCGUUCAAGCCAGCCGAGAAAACGAUUGAACAAGUCAGUCAGGCGAGUCGCUCUGAGAGACUGCUAAAUUUUUACAAGUGUUCAUCUUCGGGUGAUGGUGAGAUCGAUGAAAUGGUUUACAGCAAAACGUUGGAGGAAGUGGAUUUUGGAUGGGCCUGUGGGCCCCUUGAAUUGGAUCACCUUCCAAAUGACGCUGUAGUCAGCAGGAGGUUCGGGUUAAGGCAGCCAGGGAAAAUUCGUUUGAUAGAUGACCUCAGUGCCAGUGGUGUGAAUCAAACGGUACAAACAGUGGAAUCACCCAAACCACACUCGGCGGAUUUCAUAGCUGCCAUGCUUUUGGAAGUUUUGAAAUGCAACAAAGGAAUGCCCUUGAUGGGCAGAUCCUUUGACUUGAAGUCGGCAUACAAGCAACUAGCAAUAGCCACGCAGUCGCUUUCGUUUGCUUUUGUUGCAGUAUAUAACCCCAAGAAGGCCAAGGCAGAGGUCUUUCAGCUGCUAGCGGCGCCGUUUGGAGCAACAAGGAGUGUAUAUUCUUUUUUGAGACUCUCCAAUGCCAUAUGGUACAUUGGUGUGAAGGCGCUUAAUCUCAUAUGGAGUUGUUUCUUUGACGACUAUGUCGUAUUUGCCAGAGAUGAGCAUGUCAACAAUACAAAUCAGGCUGUGUCCCUGCUUUUCAAACUAUUGGGGUGGAGAUUUGCUGAAGAGGGUGAGAAAGCAGAAAGUUUCGCAAGAGAAUUUGGAGCCUUGGGCAUUAGAAUCAUUUUGGAUGAGUGCCCUCAGGGGCUGGUGAAGUUCACCAACACUAAGAAGCGAGCAAAUGAAUUGAUCGAUACCAUCAAUACUAUCUUGCAGAAGGGGAGCAUGACGCUGGUAGAGGCGCAGAGGCUCAGAGGGAGAAUGCAGUUCAUGGAUGGGCAACUUUUUGGUCGUUUGGGAAAGCUAUGCAUGAGGGAAGUUUCCAAUCACACCUGCGAGUUUCAGAAUGCUAGAGUUUCAAAUCGAACAGCUCAAGCUCUGCGCCGGUUUGCAGUAUUUUUGGAAUAUGCAGAGCCUCGCAGAAUCCACUUGUACACUGACAAGGUGUGGCAUGUUUACACGGACGCAUGUUACGAACCAACUGCAGAAAACUGGAAGUGUGGCUUAGGUGGAGUCCUUGUCGGACCCUUAGCAAACAAGGUGGCAUUUUUCUCAAUCUCUUUGGAUGAGGAUCAAAUGGGAAUUCUCGGUGCUGACACAAAGAAGACAAUCAUCUUUGAAUCAGAAUUGCUAGCGAUGGUAGUCGCCUUUUCGGUUUGGAAAGAAGUACUAUCUGCAAUGUCCAUGAUUUGCUUUGUGGACAACAACUCAGCCAGGGAUGUUGCCAUAUCGGGAAACGGUCGCAACUUUACUGCAAACUUGUUGAUUGAUUUCCUGUUAAAGUUAGAAAUGUCCAGCUGCACCACACCUUGGUACACCAGGGUUCCUACGCCCUCAAAUGUUGCUGAUGAACCGUCGAGAGGAGAUGUAGCUGAGCUCUUGGCACAUAAUGUUCCUGAAACAAAUGUCAAAGAGGUUCUGCAGGAAAUCAUGAUGGUGUUGGCAGAAGAUGCGGUUAAGAGGGGAUCGACUGGAUGA